AUGCAACAGGACGAUUCCAAACACCCGCCUUUGUACGCGCAGGAGAUCGAUCUGGUUCAGAAAGACAACUACACCACGUUGUAUCGUCUGGUGGACGAUUUGGCCGCAGUUCUGAAUGAAAACUGCAGACUCAAAAACGAUAUAUGGCACCAGUCGGAUCAGUUGUCUUGUGCCAUCAAUGCCGAUUACCAGGGCUCCAAGCUUGAACAGGACCCCAGUCUGUUCAAGUAUCCGACUCUGGGCAGUUCUGAGCCGGCCUCGACGUCGCAAUCGUCCAAAAAAGACCGUAUUACCCAGCUGGACCUGGAAAACAAAAAACUUGCCCACUUGUUAAAAGAUAGACAGACAUACAACGAACACUUACGCAACACAAUUGACGAAUCAGAGCAGGACCUGUUGAGGAUCCUCACCGUUCUGGCUGACCAUUACGUUCAAACGAACAAAACACAGCUCGAAAACCAAAUCUCCUACAGCGAUCAGUUCCUGGACAAGAAACAGCAGAUGCACGCCAAGUACCUCCAGCUAAUUGAAAUCAACGAGAAAUCCAAACAGCUCUACGUGGUGUUCGACAAAAUCCGAUCGUUUCUGGAUAACGGCGUGAGUACACAGAAAACAGCUAUAAACAACGUCUCAUGA